UACGAAUAUUCGCAAUAUGGCCGGCACUAGUGUUUUAUGUGGUCUCGUUCUCUUAAUUAUUUGUUGUAAUCAAAUCGAUGCAGCUACACGCGUAGCCCGAUCGCCCCAAUUCAGUCAGGCUAAUGCUCAAGCGCAAGCCGGUGCCUUCGGCCGUCCAGGUUUUCAGUCCAGACCUGGAUUCGGCGGUGGCGGAUUUAACCGACCCGGUUUUGGUGGUGGUGGCUUCAACCGCCCAGGAGGCGGAACCUCGAUUAGUAUUUCAAAGAGCAUCGCUAUCAGUCGAGGAGGAUCAGCCCAGUCUAGCUCCAAUUCUGUAGCGAGAGGUUAA